AUGUCAGGAGAAGAUCCACCUGUCUACUCACCACCGUCCUAUGCAUCGACAAUUUAUACUCCUCUGGCGCAGUCCGACGUCGUUCGGGUGUUGAUCCUCUACCCCGCCAUUACUCACGAUGCCGAAAUUCAGUGCGAGCUAUUGUCGACCGAAAUAUCUACUUGCCAGGAGCUCGAGCAGUCGUACGUAGCGUUGUCGUAUGUCUGGGGGGAUCAAAGCGAUCCUCAGCUAGUAUAUGUCAAUAACCACGAGGUCUAUAUUGGAAGAAACCUUUCCGAAGCACUCCGUCAUCUUCGUCGUCGAGAUUGUCCGAUACGGCUCUGGGCAGACGCGCUGUGUAUCAACCAGAAUGAUGUUGCGGAGCGAAAUCACCAAGUUCAUCAAAUGCGCAACAUCUAUUCUUCCGCUCUAGAGACAGUCAUUUACCUCGGAGAAGAUGAUGGAAGCAAUACCACAUCCUCAGCUUGGAACUUUCUCGAAAGACAAAGCGAGUGGGCACUGAACGAAGACGGCAACGAAGACACCCAGCUGCCGUCGACUCUCGAGGAAGAUCUUAUUUACUUCAGAGGAGAUGUAGCUGAUGUUGAGCUCAGCGUCCUGAAUAAAGCUUGGUUCUUGCGCGUUUGGGUUCUCCAGGAAGUUGUUGUAUCGAAGAAAGUAUCAAUACAGUGUGGUCAUCGACGAGUUCCAUGGAACGACUUCUGCAAGACCCUCUUGCUGAACCCAAGAUACCACGAUCGCUAUGGAUACAGCAUGCAAGCCAUAGAAAGAGUCGAUAUUGUCCGCGACAUGUUUCAAGCCCGCUGCGCCUACCAAGAGUCGCAUGGUUUGGUCCACCUCCGACCUUCCUGGCACGCCAACGUCACCAACUAUGGUGGUAGAAGCGCACACAUCAUCGAUAUGCUUGUCAGAGCUCGUCAGCUUGAAGCAUCAGAUCCCCGGGACAAAAUAUUUGCCCUCUUAGGGAUUUCAACGAAUGUGGAUCUUGACAAUAGACUGAUGGCUGUUGAUUACAGCAAAUCUCAAGCCGAGGUACAGACUAAUUUGGCUCGCUACAUCAUGGAAGAACAUAAGAGUCUAGACAUACUGAGCUACGUCGAUCAUUCUAUCACCGGUUUGUCUUCUUUACGUAGAGUUGUUCAAGCUGAUGCGCUGCCUUCGUGGGUUCCUGACUGGGACGCAAGCCAGGUCGCUCGAGAGCAGCGGCUGAUGGCCAUGCAUGCCGCCGCUGAACUCAACGAGGGCUCGCUCCCUCUGGACCCCGCUAGCCCCAUCGUUCCAACAACUCUGAGUUACCUGAGUGAAGAGAAGGAUGAAGAACGUGAAAGAAGAUAA